ACACGUGGAACCCAGUAUUUAUUAACUCUUAUCUUCUAAGUUAUCCUCUCAUAAUCCUCAGUAGUGCACUAACACGAUUGCCAUUAAUCUUCAUGUCACUUUAGCUUGUUAAAGAAGCACUUAUUUGUAGCUUAAUUCACCUCAAUAAUUAACAUCUCAAACACAUCCGCAAACACCAUGCCACUCCCAGUACCCAACCAAGAAGAGAACAACACUGCAACACCACCAACAUGGGCUUCGCAAACCAAACAAGCGAUAAUUUCCGAGCUCCGAAAGCAGCGGUCCGUCGCCGCGCCGCUGAUCCCGAUGAACUCGACGUGGUUCGCGCGGACGGCAAUCACCACCGCCUUCCUCGGCCGCCUCGGGGAGCUCCCCCUCGCUGCGGGGACCCUCGGGUUCACCUUCGCGAACGUCACGGGCUUCUCCGUCCUCUCGGGCCUUUGCUGGGCCAUGGAGCCCAUUUGUGGCCAAGCCCAUGGGGCCCACAACAAAACUCUCCUCAACAAGACCCUAUUCAUGACAAUUAUCCUCCUACUAGCUGCUUCUCUCCCUAUAUCCUUUCUCUGGCUCUAUGUAGAUAGAAUACUAGCACUCUUUGGCCAACAAAAAGAAAUUGUCACCCUAGCUAAACACUAUGUACUGUUCCUUCUCCCUGACCUUAUAAUCAAUUCAUUUCUUUCUCCUUUUAAAGCUUAUUUAAGCUCACAAGGUGUUACACUCCCCAUAAUGUUGAGCUCGGCUAUUGCACUAUCUUUGCACGUCCCGUUCAACAUCUUUUUGUCGAAAACUAAGGGGCUCGAGGGGAUCUCCAUGGCUAUCGGGCUAACCGAUCUCGUCGCGACGACAACUUUAGGGAUAUAUAUCUUUGUAACGAAUGCGGGAAUCGAGAAAGGAGAUGGCGGAGAAGCAGAAGUGCUUAAAGAGCCAUGGUGGCGCAUUCGGAAGGCGAGCGAGUGGGCGCGACUUUUGAAGCUCGGCGCACAAUGUUGUGCCACGUGCUGCCUCGAGUGGUGGUGCUACGAGAUCCUAACCCUAACCGCCGGGCGGCUGCCCAGCGCACGGCAGAGCGUGUCGGUGCUAGCGAUCGUGCUGAACUUUGACUACCUGCUGUACGGAGUGAUGGUCUCGCUCGCAACUUGCGUAUCCACCCGCGUGUCCAACGAACUGGGCGCGGGACGUCACGGGCCGGCCCGAGAGGCCGGUUACGUGUCUCUGGGCUUGGGUAUCUUAUCGGGCCUCUUAGGCGGGUCGGCGAUGGUGGGCUUUCGCGGAAAUUGGGGCCCGUUGUUUACCCAUGAGAAGGUUAUUAUUGAAGGUGUGAAGAAGAUGUUAAUGUUGAUGGCUAUUGUGGAGGUGUUUAAUUUCCCUAUAGCAGUGUGUGGGGGGAUGGUUAGGGGUACGCAUAGGCCAUGGCUGGGCAUGUGCAGUGUGGUAGGGUAUUAUUUGGUGGGCCUACCAUUGGGCAUCAUAUUGGGCUUUAAAUUUGGGCUUGGGCUUAGUGGGCUCUUAAUGGGCUUUGUGGUGGGGAGUUUUUGUAGUGCUAUUGUAUUGGGUGUAGUGGUUGCACAUGUUGAUUGGGAAGAUGAAGCUAGUAUAGCCAAAGAGUUGGCUUGUGAUAGGAGAGAGAGUGGAAGUGUUAGUGAGGAGAUAAAUGAAGGAUGAGAAAUUUAUUUA